AUGAUUUCACAACAUAAAUACACCGGUUCGCCCGCCAGAAUGCCGUCUCGGAGGUCGUCUGUCGCGAUCGCCUUCAUCGCCCUUAGUUUCCUGCUGCUGCUCUACACAUCGAGGAGGCUGGGCAGCUGGACGCCCUACAACGAGCCUUAUCACCACGAGACCGAUCCUCACAAGAGCCAACAUGCGCCUCAGGGAGAUGGCGCCCACGAUACCAAGCCCGUACCGUCGACGCAGGCCCCCGCCGUCGACCCCCUGUGCGAAGGGUUCCCCGACACCAGCAACAUCCUGCUCGUCAUGAAGACGGGAGCGUCCGAGUCCUUUGCGCGUGUGCCCACCCAGAUGAUGACCAUGCUCAAGUGCCUCCCCGACUUCCUCAUCUUUAGCGACAUGGACCAAAACAUUGGCGGACAAGAGAUCCACGACAGUCUGGCCACGGUCCAGGAGGCUGCGCAGGAAGACAACUCGGACUUUGACCUGUAUCGCCGACAAAAGUGGUGCGAGGUCGACCAGGAGAACUGCAACAAGCUCGGCAACCCGGCCCGGGAAGGGUGGAACCUUGACAAGUACAAGAACGUCCACAUUGCUGAGAAGGCGUAUAACAUGCGGCCCAACUACGACUGGUAUCUGUUUGUCGACGCCGACACCUACGUGCUGUGGCCCAACCUGGUCGAGUGGCUGAAGCAGCUGAAGCCGACCAAGAAGGUCUACCUGGGCAGCGUCACGCUGAUCAAUAACUUCAGCUUCGGACACGGAGGCUCGGGUUACAUCGUCAGCAAGGCGACCAUGGACGACUUCAUCGGCAACAACCCGGGUGUCGGCAACCAGUACGAUAUGAGAGCAAAGCGCGAGUGCUGCGGCGAUUACAUCUUUGCCCUUGCGCUCAAGGACAAGACGGAAGUCGGGGUCCAGCAGAUGUGGCCUACCAUCAACGGCGAAAAGCCCGCCACUCUUCCCUUCGGCCCAUCGCAUUGGUGCCACCCCAUUGUCACCAUGCACCACAUGAACGCCGAGGAGAUCAACACCUUCUGGCACUUUGAACGGAAGCGAUACCACCGCCUCGCGCAGUCUGGCAAAAAGGCCGAGACGCUUGUGAUCCGCGACAUCUUUGACGAAUUCUUGGCUCCCAAACUGAACGAGACACGCGAGGAUUGGGACAACAACGCCGACAAUCGCUUCUACCUCGACCAAUCCAACGACCGCAAGUGGGAAGACUGGAUGACGAACCGCAUGAAGAAGCAGGAUCAGUACAACGAGCACGAGAAGAAGGCACACGAGUCGUUCGAGGCCUGUGGUGCCGCCUGCAAGAGCUUGGGCAACGAGUGCUUCAUGUACAGAUACAAGGAUGGUGCCUGCAGUAUUUCCAACUCGUUCCAGCUUGGCAAACCCCUGAAGAAGGGGGCAGACAAGGACCGGACCAUGAGCGGCUGGGACGUCGAAAAGAUCAAGAAGUGGGUGGCCGAUCAACCGGCAUGCGACAAGAUCCGUUGGCCCGAGGUCAAGACCAACUAG